AUUUAUACGCAUUUGUCAGAACGCGAUGAAUGCAUACUAAAUAUUUGCAAUUAUUUCGAAUACGAAAUGAUAAAUUUAAUCAAAUUAGCGUUACUUCAAUGCUCCUUUGCUGAAUUAUUUCGUGUUUGGUGUUUUAUGUGGAAAGUGAACGUGUUAUAUUGAAUUGGAUUAAUUCCAAUAAUCCAACUCAUUGACCUGUUCCAAAAUAACAGAUUCGAGAUUACGUUACCAUCCCUAGCAACAGCAGUCUCACCCCUACCUAAAGAACAUCACUGUUUGUGUUUUUCGUUUGCAUUAAAGUCAAUUGUCUGUUUAUAAAUUCGCCAUUUGUUUGCAUCAAUUAUCAAAAUCAAAAGUUGUAACAUCCACUAGUGAAAUUAGUACAAUGGGUUAAGUAAUAAGCGAAUGAUAUAUGGAUUUACUCAGCGACCAGUGCAGUACAAGCAACGGACUUCGGGUGAAAUCUCAGCAAACGCUUCAUCAAAACAAACUCGGUCACCUGAAUAAUACAACUUAUUGCUGGCAGUACAUAUAAGAAAAGUGAAUUAUUUUCAUGGUGAUUAUCGUCAGAGGAAUAAAAAUGUAGAAAACAUGCAAUAUAUUAGUUUUUAAAAACCUUGUUAAAUGUCAACUGCAAUGUUGUUGACAGCUUUACAAUUUUUCUCCAAAAAAGAACGUUUAUAUUGUUUAUAUGAUUAUCUUAAACAAUUAGAUAAUAGUUUCGAGGUAUACAGUGUAAAAUUUCAGUUGUAAUUUAACAAUUAUAAAACCAACUAAUUACUUAGGUUAUGUCAGUUAUGUAUAAGAAACGAAAAUCUUUUACAUGAUAUCUUUGGACACUAUAUUAAGAUUUAACUAUGGUUUUUGGAUAAAAAAAUUAAUUUGUGGAGAUGGAUCCAGGAGUUCCAAGUGUACCCAUCACCACGUUAGCUGGUGUAGCAAGUCUUACUGACUUGCUCCCAGAAAUGCCUUUACCGACCCCCUCGCCACAAACACUUAGUAAUAAAUCGUUACUCUUUCAUCCAAGAGUAGCAGAGGAAGCUCAGAAUUUACUAGGCGUUCGAGAUGAAGUUUUGGUACCCCAGUUAGUUCAGUCAUUAGAGAAGACGUCUGCUGAACACAUAGAGGUGAAAGAUAACUAUGCAGGAGCAGAGUCUAGGCUUGAACAGCAGGAAUCCAUGCCGGAACUGUUACGAGCUCUCUUAGACACGAAUGCUACAAUUUUUAGUGACAACAAAUCUCAAGCGUCUAUCCAAAUGAUACAGCAAUUGCAAAUGACAAUGAUGCAAAACCAACAGCAAAUGCAGCAGUUCCAAAUGCAGGCGCAAGCGCAGACCCUGCAGCAGCAACAGCGAACGGAACAAUCUCAAGCACAAUCGCAAUGGAAUCAUACGGGUCAAUCACCGGGACAGAACGUGAAAGGUGACAAGCAAUUCGAUCAAAAUCAAGCAAAAAGCAAUUCCCUACCUAGUUCUAAUGUACAUAAUACCAAUCAAAGUAUAAGUGUAGCCGAGAUGGGUAAUAAUGCGAGCGGCAAUUUUUCAAAUCAAGGACAAUUAAACCAAGAUCAGUCGAACCUAUUGAUGGCUGACAGAGCAAUGCAACCAGACCAAAGUGUUUUAAAUCCGUCCGAGUCUGAACAAAAACAAAAAUUUGUUCAGUUCAAUCAACCUGGUACUGUAAAUAAUGUGUAUAACACUCGUCUACCAGAAAAUAAACAAACUUCACAGACAUCUACCAGCGAACUGAGGCAGUUGAGGAGGAACCCUAUGAGAGGUCAAACGAGCGCAACGAAGACCGAUUCAGCGACGCCUACUUCCACUCUACAAAUGAAACACCAGUUCGACUUCGAUCCAGACCAAGAAACCGACGAUUCCAGACUCGACCACGACUCGAUGGACAAAUCGAUCUGCGGCGAUUCGCUAAUAAAGCAGCCGGUAAUCAAACUCAACCGGCUGACCGAAGAAGACCAAUUGCUGCUGCAGAAGAGCGUCAAGGAAUUCGUCGAGAGCAAACCGAAGCUGGCCAAAGACAUGGGCAUCGACGUGAACGAAGACCGGUCGGAGUCCGACGGCGACGGCGACGGCGAAGCGUCGAGGCGCGGCAAGCGCAAGCGCAGCGGCGACAAGAGCGACGACGACUACCACCCGGACACGUUCUCCGCCUUGGUCGAGAGCAAAAGGCGAAAGGUCGUCUCCGAGGAGGUGCCGGAGCUCGUGGUUACCAAACCGAAGUUGCGCAGGGUGGAGAAGAAGUUCGUGCCGGUGUUGGAGAAGCUCUCGCAGGAGGAGCUGAUGGAGACCAACACCUACCACAAGUUCAACAAAUCGAUAGAGCACAUUCUGAGGUCCGUCGAGGAUAUUGAUAUCACAAAAAUAGGCGAAGAAGGUAUGAUUCAGGAAGAGGGAUUGUUGAAUCGGAGCGUUAUGCAAGAAUUGUGCACGGAAGCAGCUAAGUUGAAGAUUCUUGGUGCAAUGGAAAUGAUACCUACAGAAAAGCUAACUAGGUUGUUGAAUAUACUGGAAUUGAAUAUUCGAGGAGGAGAUAAGGUUUCGCCGAUAUCUGACGAAGACAAUGAAAGUAUUCGUCAGUUAUGGUUGGAAACUACGAUGGAGAGAGUAAUGGGCGCUGCGGAUGCUUGUUUAGUUUGCUUGUACAUUAUGACAUCCAGAAACAUGUCAAAACGGGUUUACCUAGAAGAUGUUAUUGACAGGGUUGUUCUUUACAUACGAUAUCACCUUCACAACACCAUAUUUCCAUCGUUUGAUUCUACUUACAUGUUGGAUAAUAAAAAGAAAGAUGGCCGCAAGAAGAAGAACAACCACGUUACUGAAAAAGGCAUUGUUCUUUUGUACACAAAAAUAUCCGAACUAGUAAAUUUGUUAGCCGAAUUAUUGAAUAUCCAAGUUUUAACUGAUACUUCCGUAUUGCACGCCUCCUCCAUGGGCGUCUCGCCAUUUUUCGCAGAAAACGUCAAUGAACUCCAACUGGCUUGUCUAAAACUCGUAACCACUAUUUUUACGAAAUACGAAACGCACAGAAGGGUGUUGUUGGACGAUAUCUUAGCUUCUAUUGCCCGUCUUCCCAGUACAAAGCGAAGUAAACGAACAUACAGGCUGAACAGCGAAGAAAACAUCCAGAUGUUAACCGCUUUAGUCCUGCAGCUUAUUCAAUGCGUAGCAGCUUUACCCGAUAGUUUCCAAAAGGAUUCGAAAAAUAAAACCCAAAACACCAACGAAAAAUCAACACCGAAGGUCGACCCCGACAUUCUUAUUUGCAAUAAAUACGAAAAAGCGACCCACAUAGCAGGAACAUUCCUGUCUGUGUUUUUGAACAAAUGCGGCAGCAAGCAGGAGGAGAUCGACUAUCGCCCUCUGUUCGAGAAUUUCGUCCAAGAUCUGCUCGCCACCGUCAACAAACCCGAAUGGCCGGCCACGGAACUGCUGCUGUUCCUGCUGGGCAAAAUGCUGGUGCAGAAUUUCUCGAACCGAGACGCCGACAUGCCGCUGAGAGUGGCCAGCUUGGACUACUUGGGCGUAGUCGCCGCGAAAUUGAGGAAGGACAGCGUCGUGUCCAGGUGCAAAUUGAACACCAUCGACCAGAUGAUCAAGGACAUCAAGCAGGAGGAGCAGAAGGACAACGACGAGUUGCCUUCUAAAAAAAAGAAGAACGACAUGGUGAAUUGCGAUCACGAGCGCACGUUGUUCCUGCAGCGCGUCCUGCUCGAUUUCCUGGCCGUGAACUCGCAGAACGACGAAGCCUACAAGUACGCGAGGCAUUUUUACAUCGCCCAAUGGUACAAGGACGCCUUGUACAAGAAGAGCCAAAUAGCUUCGGGCGACAAUAAAAACGUAAAUACCAACAACAAUCACAAAAGUAAGAAGUGCCAGGAAGAGACCGAAGACGAAGAUUCCGACGAUGAGCGAAACAAUAAGUCGAAGAAAACGCCCGAUCAACAGAACGCCGAUAAAUACCAGCAAAUCGACGAAAACAAGAAAUUCUUGUUGAGCAAGAUUAAACCGUUUCAGGAAGCUAUUUCUAGUGGCAACAGAAUCCAAGUGUAUCAAACCUACAUUGAUUACACCAGCGCGGAAUUAAUCGCCCAAUUUUUGGCAUCUAAGCGGUACUUUUCGCAAAGCUUCGAUCAGUACCUCAAAGCCAUCUUGAUCGUUUUGAAAGAGAACUCGAUUGCUAUAAGGACAAAGGCCAUGAAAUGCCUGACGAUGAUCGUCGAGGCCGAUCCCGCCGUCCUGGGACGACACGACAUGCAAAUGGGCGUGAACAUGUCGUUCCUGGAUCUCUCCACGUCCGUACGAGAAGCAGCCGUAGAUUUAGUAGGGAAAUUCGUGCUGAGCCGGCCGGAAUUGAUAAGCAAGUAUUACGAAAUGCUGUCCGCUCGAAUAUUAGACACCGGCGUGAGCGUCAGGAAGAGGGUCAUAAAGAUCCUCAAAGACAUCUGCAUCGAAUACCCGGAAUUUCCCAAAGUCCCCGAGCUCUGCGUCAAGAUGAUCCGGCGGGUCAACGACGAAGAAGGCAUCAGAAAAUUAGUCAUGGAAGUGUUUCAGAACAUGUGGUUCACUCCAUCCAAAGACGCCUUCCUUCUCAGGAAAGUCAUGAACAUUACGGACGUGGUGGCUUACUCGAAAGAAAUCGGAUUGGAGUGGUUCGAACAACUUUUAGUUAGCUUGUUCAAGCCGAAAGAAGACAAGGAUGAUUCCACGAAGAUAGUUACGGAACCGCCUAAAGCUUUAAUCCUCGCCUGCCGGCAAAUCGUCGAUUGUCUGAUAGAAAACGUGCUGAGCUUGGAGGAAAACAACGAGAAGAGCGGCUCCUCCCAAAGGCUCGUCGCUUGCUUGACCACGUUACAUUUGUUCGCCAAGAUCAGGCCGCAGCUUCUGGUGAAACAUGCCAGCACGCUGCAGCCUUACCUCGGCUUGAAAUGCCAAACUCUGGGCGACAUACAGAUCAUCAGCAGCGUCGCGAAAAUGCUGGAGCUGGUGGUGCCGCUGAUGGAGCACCCGAGCGAUUCGUUCCUGGCGCAGCUCGAAGAGGACGCCAUAAAGUUGGUGCUGCAGCACGACAGGCUGAUCGUGAGCAGCUGCCUGUCCUGCUUGAGUUCGAUCAUCAACAAGGUCACGAGGAAUUUCAAGCUGAUCAGGGACUGCUUCAAGAAGUGCUACGACUUCCUCAUCAAGUACAGGGGCUGGAUCGAGACGAAUUGCAGGCAGUACCUCGAAGUGAAGCAGAGGAAUUUCUUCAGGCGGGCUUUGUUCAUCGUCGGGUUGCUCUUGAGGCACUUCGAUUUUCAAAAUCCCGAAGUAUUGGGCGACUACUCGCCCGAUUUGAAGGACGAAGUUUAUCAAAACAUGGCGUAUUUCUUGCAAACGGACGACAUUGAUAUACAGACUAACACGUUGAAGGCUAUAGGCAGCAUAUGCAUCAGGCAUUACGAGUUUAUGUUGCAAGACGAAUUAAAAAAUUUCUACCACAAACAGCUAACCUGCGAGGACGCUCCGCUGCGUAUGAAAGUUGAAGUACUCGUCAAUAUUGAAAGUUAUCUAAUCGAAGAAGACAAUAGGAUGAUUCAACAGGAUUUAGAAUGGAAAACGAGGGGUAAAAAGGAGAAUUUAAAAGAAAUGUGUGAUUUAUCCUCUGGAAUGGCCAGUACAAUAAUCCAACUGUACCAAAUAGAAAUAGCAUCGUCUUACUUGCACCCCAGCCUUCAAGUACGACAGCAAGCGUUGAAAGUGGUGAAAUUAAUCCUGCAACAGGGUCUUGUGCAUCCGGCGCCCAUCCUGCCUUACCUAAUUUGCAUGAGUACCGACCCAGACUUGAUGAUAUCCCACAGCGCCGACAAGCAACUGUUGGAAAUCGAGAAGAAGUACCCCACGUUCAACAACAUGAAAUCCUCAGUGGGCAUCCAGCUGUCCUAUCAGCUGCAAAAUAUCUUGCAAAACGAAUCGAUCGUCAGAGGUUUCAAGGUUAAGGAAAAGGGCGAAUACCCCAGCGCCUUGAAUGGCUACUUGUACACAUUGUUCCGUGGUUCCAGACAGCAAAGACGUGCCUUAAUACUUUACAUUUUAAAACAGUUCGACGAGCAAACCCGGGCCACUCUCUCUUACAUGCUGUAUUUAGCCGAUCAUUUGGCAUACUUCCCUUACCAAGUACAGGACGAGCCGCUGUUCACUGUCCAUCACAUCAACAACAAGAUAACUUCUUCCGGAACGAAUCUCCUGCAAAAUUUCAAAGACGGGUUGCUGAUGAUCGAGGGGCACACCCCGAUGAAAGUCAUAGGCAACGAGAACGACGAGGCGAACGUGGUUUCCGCGUUGGACGAGGACGACGACGACGAGGAACUGCUCCUGACGCGAGUACCUGAGGACACCAGCCAGCUCCAAGCCUGCAUGACGGCCGCGCAGGGGUGCAUGUUGCUGUUGAUGCUGAAGCAGCACAUCAAAGAUGUUUACGGUUUAACCGACGGGAAAAUUCAGCGGUACUCUCCGCUGGAGCCUGCGAAGGUGUACGAGAAAGCCAUACAGCGCAGAUCGAACAGCUUGUUUAACCCGAAAGCGACUAUACAGAAGCUCAAGGAAGGCAAACCGGCUGAAUAUUUGGACGAAAACGGCAGGAGGGAACUUAUUCAACAAUACAUUGAUUUCAAGCAGUUGAUGAUGCAACUCGAUCCGAAAGAUCAGGACGAGGACGAAAACGCUCCGAAAAUUCCUUUUUUGAAUACUUCCAAUACGGACGGAUCAGGUAACCCAGGAGCCGCGUCUACAAUACUUACCGAAAACGACCAAAUAGUACUCGAUAAUUAUAAUGAUACCACGCCGAAAGUGCCCAAAUUGGUGAUAUCGAAUCGAAGGUUUGAUAGUGAUACGAAACGUACCAUUAGGACUCCAAAAACGGAUAAAGUGAAAAAACACAGACACAAAAAGAAACGGCGGAAGUUCGCGAGUUCGUCGAGUGAAAACGAUUUUAGUGAUCCUGACUUUAUGGCCUAGCUAUAGACUUCGGGCGACUCGCUGUUCCGGCUGCGCAGUAAGUUUUCAAGUCGAAUCAUUUCGAUCGGAAAUUUGCAGAUGAUGAAAUUUUUAUAUGAUGUAGUGAAAGUUAAAAAGAAGCACUCUUAAUUGUAAAUAUACUCCUUAAUGUUCAAUUCCUAAGAAAAAAAAACUAAUGGUGAUUGUUCUAUAUUAUUGUUUUUGUUCGACAUUUGUCGAGAUUUUCACAUCUUUUAUUAUAAAUAAUAAUAGAGAAGUAUAUCGAAUGUGAGGAUCUCUUCAGUAGUACAUUUUGCAUAGUUUUCGUAUCACAAUUGUUUUCGAUAACUAUAUGAAUCAGGUGAUUCUUGAGAGUAUUAGAAAGAACAUCGAUUUCUUCUAACUAGUCUAAGAGUUGAAUUUGUUUUCCUUUUAUUUAAAUUUAUUUAACAAAUAUUUGUUUAUAUAUAUUUUUAAUUUGUAAUAUCGACAUUUCGUUUUAUUUCUCACAUCAAAAAAUCUAUUCAAAAGACAAUUUUUUUAAAAAGACAAAUUUUACCACGAGAUUUUAAAAUAAUAUGAAAUUAUUACAACUAGAAAAUUAGGCGAAUUGCUUUAAAUUUGUCAUUUUAAUAUAAUGAACAUUUGACUGUAAGAGUUUCGCUUAUAAAAAUAGCGCAUGCGUUCUGUUUUCAGUAUUUUAACCUACCUAAGGAAAUGUUGAUGUUGCUUAAAUUUUCAAAGACCAAACUUUUAAUUCAAUUACGUCUAUUGCGAAAUGUUUCUGCAUUGGUAUUUCAUAUACAGUACAAUUUCUGCUGAUGUACAACAGAGUUUUUCAUAAUGUGCUUUAUUUUCUCAGUUACAUUGAGUGUUAAAACGUAGCAAUUAGAAGAAAGUGGUUUUAGCAGUAAAGGUUUUUAAUAAAAAUAAAAUCAACUAUGCAUAUACGUUGAAUGUACAGUAUUUUAGUUCGUAAUCGAGAAAACGUAGAUCAAUUUAACCAAUUUAAGUUUCUACCUAUACGUAUAUUAAAAUUAACGUUAAGGAAUAAAUACUAAGUGAAUUACCAGUUGCAAUUAACAUCCAACCCAAAUGUGGAAUUGAUUUAUUUAAAGAAAAAAAUUAAAUAAACUGAAUCAUCCUGGUUUAACACUAUAUUUUUCUGCUUGUAAAUAGAUUUAUAAAAUAUUUUAUAUUCAGUUUUGUCGCUGUUUUAAACAUGAAAUUUUACAUAGAAAUUGAUUCCAACUUUUGUUAGAAUAUAGCACAAAGAAAUUGACGCUCGAUUUAAUUAUUUAUUAUUAUUAUAUUAAAGUUUAAUGCAAAUUAAUAUAGCCUACGAAGUGAAAUAUUUGAAUGAAAUAAUUUAAAUAGGAAUGACCUUUCCUAAAUAACGCAGGAAUUUAUAUUUUAAAUUCAACUAAAUUCUCUGUGCUGUAAAUCUUGUUUUUUUUAUUAAUUUAAAAUGUUAUAAAACUUUCAAAAUGUAUGUUGUUCAAUUCGAUACCGAUAGUCUGAAGCAAGCGUAUUCGCAUUUCAAUCGAGUUCCAUUUCACAAACCCAUUUUUUUAAUGAUUAAAUUUGAUAGCGGUAUUUUAGGUAAGAAAUAUAGACAAAAGAUUAAGGUUUAGGUUGCUGUGUAUUUUCUCCAACUAUAAAUUUACUCAUUAAAAAAAUCAUUCAGAAUUUGAGCGACGUUUUUCUACUUAAACAAAACUACUUACUCCGGUUCUGUAUUUUUCUACAGGGUGUUUUCGAUUUUGGUGAUCUCGCUUAUUGUUGAUGAUAGAAUGUUGUGAUUUGCACAAUUUUCUGUAUUUAAUGAUAAGUGAUUUUUUUUCUCAAACCUACAAUACACAAAUAAUAGCGAACUUGGUCCAGACUUUCAGUAUUUAUUUAAAAAAAAUUAGAUUGUGUUGUAAGAUAGUUCUAUUUUGUAUAUUUUCUGAAUAAAUAUUCUUAAAAAUUUU